AAGGAUGGAUCAAUGCCUCGAGAAGCAAACAAAUUUACUUGUGUAGGAGUCGAUAAGGUUUAGGAGUACGUGUGCUUUUACUUAAGAAUCUAGCUUUAAGUCAUAGUUUAAGUAACUUGUUUGUAGUUACAGUGAAUAUUAGUUGGCAACCCUAGCUUUAAGACAAGUAGCGAUUAAGACUCGUUGUAACUAGCGAUUAAGACUCGUUGUAAAGGACACGCCAUUUUAAAAAAUAAAAGAGAUUCAUUCGAUUUUUGCUAGCGAAGACUUCGGACGUUCAUUUUAUUUUGAUCACUUUGCCUUCUGCAUAUUUUAUCAGAAGUGGUCUUUGACCCAUCAUAAAGUAUUUAUAAAGUAAAUUUGAGUUUUUUUAAAAAAAAUUUGGCGGAAUAUGGAGUACGGCGUCAUUGAUGCAGAAAAAUAUUCGUUGCUCCAGCUGAAAGCCUGGUGCACCGCUGUGGGCAUCAACGCUAGCGGUGCAAAAGCAUCGUUGGCCGCCAGGUUGAGCGAUUUAUCUGCGGAAGCUCGUGGACUGUGCCCAGGGACACGUGGUGCGUCAAGCGGAAAAGAUGUGGACGAAAGCGAUGACGCCGACGACGUAAGUGACGUCGAUGAUGAGGGUAGCGGUUUGCGCUUACCACAACGGCGAGAAAAGGUCGAGGUUAGAAAUAAAGGCCAGGGUAGCAGCAGAAAUGAAGGCGAGAACAACGUAGCGGAUAACGGCAAUGGAUCGAGACCACAAAGUAGAGACAACGGUGCGACAAACGGUGAGGACGACGGUGAGAACAACGGGAGAGGCAACAAAACACAACGGCGAGGAAAAAGUGCAGUUAGAAAUGUAGUGAUUAACGACGAUGAGGAUGCAGUGUGUGUGCGAAGCGGGGUAGUAUGCGUACGUAGCGGGAAUUUUGGUGCUUGCCCAAAGAAGAGUACCGCAAACGAGGUUAGCGAAAAUAACGGAGCUCCAAGCCAAUCGACAACGAGCGACAACAACAAAAACGCAGAAGCAGCGGCCGUAGAAGCUAAACUGUUGGAGAAAGAAAUACAGCUACUCAAACUCCAGAAGGCACUCCUGGAGAAAGACAAUGCAAUGGCGAGUGUAGAGAAAAGUGGCGGCUAUGUUUCCUUCGAAACUUUAAAGGAUAUUAUAGCAGUCUACGACGGCGGCGAUGGUUUUAAUAUUUGGUACAACCAACUCAUGCACUAUCGCGAAGUUCUGAAAAUCGACGACGCGAUUUUAGGUGUUGCUAUACACCUUAAACUAAAAGGAGCGGCUCUAGCUUGGUACAAUGCCAAGGUAACAAUACCAAAAAACGUGGACGAGUUACUCCGCGAUAUGAAGUCGGUGUUUGCGUCCGGCCAAAGUGUGCUCGUACGCCGGCGCAAGUUUGAAAAGCGAACGUGGUCGCACGAAGAGAGUUUUGCAAAUUACUUCAAUGAAAAGUGCAUGCUAGGCAGCGAUUUGAAUUUGAAAGACGAAGAGUUGGCUGACUAUCUGAUCGAGGGUAUUCCAGACAGACAACUGCAAAACCAGGCCCGCUUGCAAAACUUUACGUCGGCGAAUGACGUUGUGAAAGCGUUUCGCUCGAUAAGCCUACCCGAUCGCCCACCUGCAAAAGUACGCACGGACCAAAGAAUGAGAUGUUACAACUGUAACUGCACGGGUCACUACGCAAAGGAUUGCAAGAAACCCAAACGAGAAGCUGGAUCCUGUUACGCUUGCGGCGAACAAGGUCAUUAUGCUGUGGACUGUAACAAGUACAAAAAGCCGAAGAAUACUUUCAAUGUUUAGUCGACUCAGGAAGCCCAGUUAGCCUGAUUAAGCAAGUGAUAGUGCCAGCAGGAGUAAAAUUAGUACAGGUUGAAGAUGCAU